AAUGGAGACUAAAUAGGAACUCGAUCGGGAUUCAGGCUUUUAAUUUAUUCAUUAAAUCAAGUAAGAUUUGUCCUCGUAGCUUCUUAAAUCAGCAGUACUUUUUUUUUGACACGUAAUACGAGUUAGAAAAACAAAGUUCCGGACAGAUCCUGAAGUUUGUCUCCAAGUGUGUCGAAUAAGGAAAUCGUCUCCGGCUAACGCUAUGUAGCGAGCUAAUCUCGUUUAUCCACUCGUAAACCUCAGCUGCUCACACACCGUCUCAAACUCGACGUCAAGGUUUAAUCCCGUCCAGGAAUGACCGAGUACAAACUGGUGGUGGUCGGGGCCGGAGGUGUGGGGAAGAGCGCCCUCACCAUCCAGCUCAUCCAGAACCACUUCGUGGAUGAAUAUGAUCCGACCAUCGAGGACUCGUACAGAAAACAGGUGGUGAUUGAUGGAGAGACUUGUCUGCUGGACAUCUUGGACACGGCCGGUCAGGAGGAGUACAGCGCCAUGAGGGACCAGUACAUGAGAACGGGAGAAGGCUUCCUCUGCGUGUUUGCCAUCAACAACACAAAGUCCUUUGAGGACGUCCACCUGUACAGAGAGCAGAUCAACAGGGUGAAGGACAGUGACAGCGUUCCCAUGGUGCUGGUGGGGAAUAAGAGCGACCUGAGUACCCGCACCGUGGAGUCCCGGCAGGCGCAGGAGCUGGCUAGAAGCUACGGAGUACCGUUUGUCGAGACCUCUGCCAAAACCAGACAGGGUGUGGAGGAAGCUUUUUAUUCGCUCGUACGGGAGAUUAGAAGAUACAAGGAGACCAAUCGCAGCAACAAGAAGAGCAAGAAGAGCAAGAAGAACACUCAUAGACGCUGUGCAAUACUUUAGCCAAGCGCACACGCACAAGCUCAUCCUUCACAGCACUCGUUUCACACUCGCCCUCACACACUGCACCUCCUCUGUCUCAAUGGAGACGUCCAGCACCGCUCCGGACAGGGAAGCAGGCGUGGCCAAAUCCAUUUCGUCCUGCCGUCACAGUUUCCACCUGCAGUGUGUCGUCGCAUGAUAUGCAGCCGUGUCUGUUGAACGCCGUGGAGUCACUUGUCUUCUUUUUUUGUCGCCCAAACGACUAGAAACUACUUUCUUUUUUGUUCAGGUUAGCAUUUGUGCAAACUUAAUCCGAGUUUGUGGUAUAAUUGAUUGUGUCUGUCAAGGUUGUACUCUAAUUAGAAUAAUGUCCGGCCAGUGGUACAAACUCUUCCUGUGGACUGGUCAGCGGUCAGUGGGUCCGCGGUGGUGCGUCACAGCACUUUGCACCGUUGCCACGGUUGACGCAUUCAGUUAAAAACUUCUGAAUUGUUCUAGCUUUAUUUGAGAGGUGAUGCUUGUGAUUUUAACAUGGAAAUGGUGUCAAAUUUACGAGGAUAGUUUUAAUACAAAACAUUUUGCUUUCAGAUUGGUUAAAACAUCCGUCUUCCCCUCAUGUUUUUCUGAGGUGACCGUGUCCUCUGCGGCUUGAGACACAACAGCAAUAUCUUUUUCUCACUAUAUGCAAAUUAAAAUGCUGUAACAGGAUAAGAUCACGGCCGCAAGAAAGCCUCAUAAUUGUGUUCGAGACUCCGAGGUGCACUUUAUCAUUGCCAGUUGUGUGUUUUAAUGGUAAAAUUAAGGAUUAGAAAAGCGUUUCCCCAGACUGUUAUGCCUCAGGUCCUGAUGAAACACCAUAUACCCGAGUGCUUUGUCUAAUGAUUGAGAUCUGAUGCCUUUGUCCACCAUUGACCUCCGAUUGGGAGUCAGCGGCAGUGUACUCCACUCUGUAUUCCAAAGACAACUUUUAAUGCAGUUGUGUCUGUCAGUGUUGAUGGUUUGUGGUUCUACAUUCAAUAUUUAAACUCCACUGAUGUUGAAACCAGUGUAUGAUUCUGCAGGAAAUCUCUAGAGCUCAGACUCAUGUUAACUGAUCAUGAUUGCUAAGGAUAUUCAAAAGGGCAUUGGGUUGUUUUUUAUAGCAUUGUCCUCUUAAAAUUAGUCAGCCUCAAUGUUGUGGAUUACAUUUAUAUAGAUUAGUAUUAAAGACAAAUUCCUGUGAUUUAGAAACUUGUCCACUUAACUAAAAUCAAAGUUCAAUGAGCUAACUUCAAAUUAUUCCUGCUAAGGUGAAUCCAGCAGCUUUCAUUAUAUGGACUUAAUGUGGUUCCAAUAAAUGUUAAACGUUCAAAUCUCUCACUGACAGCUAUGUCAAUUCUGUAAUGCACUCUGCUAUAAUGAACAAUUAAAUGAUUUCAGCUUU